AGUGUUCAAGGCGCGACUACAGGCCCCGUGGGCCCCCGCGGUCGCCGGCUAGUUCCGGACAACGCCUGGUGUGUGGUAACGACGGCGGUGGCAUAGGAGAGAAGGAGGACGCUGCUACUUCCGGCCUCGGCGAAAGAGGAGCCUCGAAGGGCGGACAGGCAGGCGGGUGAGGGGAGGGUAAUAUCAAGCACGGUAAUAUUCAGGUGCAAUAAGGAAAAAAAGAAGCCCUUCAUUGAAUGUGGUGUCCAUUGCUUCAGUAGCCUUUUCUUCACAAGUGGGUCUUUGAAUGAGGAUGACAAUGGAAGAGAUGAAGAAUGAAGCAGAGACCACUUCUAUGGUUUCCAUGCCUCUCUAUGCUGUUAUGUAUCCUGUCUUUAAUGAGCUAGAACGAGUAAAUCUAUCUGCAGCUCAGACAUUGAGAGCAGCUUUUAUUAAGGCUGAAAAAGAAAAUCCAGGUCUCACACAAGACAUCAUCAUGAAAAUUUUGGAGAAAAAAAGUGUUGAAGUAAAUUUUACAGAAUCUCUUCUACGCAUGGCUGCUGACGAUGUAGAGGAGUAUAUGAUUGAGAGGCCAGAACCAGAAUUUCAAGACUUAAAUGAAAAGGCACGCGCACUUAAACAGAUUCUUAGUAAGAUUCCAGAUGAGAUAAAUGAUAGAGUGAGAUUUCUUCAGACAAUCAAGGACAUUGCCAGUGCAAUAAAAGAACUCCUCGACACAGUAAAUAAUGUCUUCAAGAAAUAUCAAUACCAGAACCGGAGGGCACUAGAGCACCAAAAGAAAGAGUUUGUAAAAUACUCCAAAAGUUUCAGCGACACUUUGAAAACCUAUUUUAAAGAUGGAAAGGCAAUAAACGUGUUCAUAAGUGCCAACCGACUAAUUCAUCAAACCAACUUGAUACUGCAGACCUUCAAAACUGUGGCCUGAAAAACAAAACAAAAAACUGUAUAUGUUGAGAGCUGUACUUUUCAAUGGUGGAUAGGAUACCUUUAUAUGUAAACUUUGACUGUAUAAAUUAUCAGUCCCAGCUGAAGGGACCUAAUGCAGGAUUUUGAAUGGGAUUUAUUGCCAUCUUACACCAUAUUUUUGUAAAAACAUUGUAGCUUAAUCAUAAUCUCACAAUGAAGAUUUUGCAUCACUUUUUUGCUAUUAUCAUUCUUUUCAGAAUUAUAAGCCAAAAGAAUUUACGCCUUAAUGUGUCAUUAUGUAACAUUCCUUAUAAGAAUUGUAAAUAUUUGGUGUUCUGUUUCUGACAUUUUAACUUGAAAGCGAAAAACUGCAAGAUUAUGUAUUUAACAAUAUUGGUGGCAAAAAUUCAAUAAAUAGUUUACAUCUGUUAAA